CCACAGGGACAGAUGAAUUCACACACCUGAGCACUGCUGCCUUCAGGAGCCAUGUUAUCGACGCUUCGCCGGUGUUUCUGCUGCGGAGGCUGUGCAUCCUGCAAAACAGAAGAAUGAGACAUCAGAGGGAGGAAGCGGGUCCACCAUGUUCAACCCCCACAACACAUCAAUUCUUACAUUCAGAUUUGCCAGCAAGUUUCUCAGGCUGUUGGUCCCAUUUCUCCUCCUGGAUAACAAUGGGACUCCGAUCAAACCAAACAGAGAACAACAGAGGUGGAAGGUUUAGACUCCUGAGGAUUUUUGGAGGCCAAAGAGGUCAAGACGCCGUGACCUCUGUACCCUCAGCGACUGAUGGACGCCGCUCGUCCCAGGAAGAGGAGCCCCAAAGAGUGAUCGCCACAUUUGAAGAACUCCUUAACACAAAAUGCUUCCAUGAGGCCAGCCAGCUGCUGAUAGAGAGAGAGGAGCGUCUGUUCGGGGAGAUAACGGAGGCAAAGUCUCUCAAAGAUGACAAUGACGAAGUGGACAAGCUUGCUGCAGACUACGCAGACCUGGAAACCUCUGUACUGCACACCCUGAGGCUGUCUCUCACCCCGGGAGAGGUCAGCACGCAGGCUCUGGCGUCUGCUGCGAACGCCAUCAAGCAGGAGAUGCACCAGGACCAGCGGUGGAAAGAGAGGGAUAGGACACCACCCGCCUGGAGGCCUAAGGGCUGGAAGAAGGUCCAUGACGAGACCCUUCGCAGCUUGGUGGAGGAGCGUAUGGACAACCCCGUUACGCCCCCUGCAGUGCAAGUGGACCAGUCGUCUCUCCAAGCGGACGUCAACAGCAUGGGCAGACAGCUGAAGGCUGACCUGCUGUUGGUGGUGGAGGUGGUGAAGAACUGCUACCCACCAGAGCUGGACAUCUGUAACCUGUACGCCAGGUUGUACCACCAGUACCUCAGCGCCAGACUCAGAAAGAUUGCGGAUUUUGUUCUGGAUGAAAAGGACAGCUCUUACCUCCUGCGAUGGGUGAACGUGUAUUACUAUACAGAGAUCCUUCAGAAGCCGCAGCUGGUUAAUGAGAUCAAUAAAGAGGCGCUGGGAAAGCUGCUGCCUGAUGAGUUACUGGAACCUCUGGAGGAACAGUACCUGAGCAAACAACAGGAGGAGUUGACGACUUACAUCGGCCGUGUGCUGGAGGAUGCAAAGGAGAAGUGGAUUAAAGGAGAAGAACCGUCAAGAGAGGACGGCUGCUUCGUCAGUCCUGUGGCCUACGACAUCAUUCAGCUCAUUAAUGGAAGAGUGACUGACGCUGAAAAGCUUGUAAGAGACCGGUCCAAGGCCCAGAACAUAACCUGCCAACUGAAAGGUUUAAUGGAGAGGUUCAAGACCUUCCAAAACGAUAUCAUCAGGCAGAACAGAUCAAACAGCAGGCCGUUCAUCAAGGCGAACCUAGGCUGCAUCGAGCAGUUCACGGAUGUUCUCCUUAACAGGAGCCAACUGUUCCCAAAGGAAGUGCAGGAACACUGUUUGCUUAUUCUGCGUGACAUGAAACAAUCUGCUCACAUGUAUCUAUUAAAACCUGUGCAUGAGACCCUCAAGCCGCAGUACCGCAAGCUGGGAACCAAUGAAUGGCUGAAGAAGCACAUUUUUGAUAAGCUGCUGGAAAGCAUUAAACAAGAGCUUCAGGAGCUUCACGGUUCGGUUAAAUCCUGUCACGAGGAGCUGAUUGGCCAGCUGCACCAGGAAGUGACAGCGGAGUACGUGAAGAGGCUCCUUAAAGGAGAAGUCAAACUGAGGAACAAGGAGCAGCAGGAGGAGGCCUGUGAUAUGAUAAUAGACAACGCGGAGAGUUUGCACGAAUUGUUCACAAAUACGGGAUCAAAGGAGGAGCGGUUGAGGAAAAUCCUGACCAUGAUUGCAGAAGUGCUGAAACUCCAAGACCUCCCGGCCAUACAGAUGCAAGUAGUGUCACUGGGAACUGCUUUUCCUGACCUCAGUGAGAAACAUGUUUCAGCCCUGCUGAAGCUCAAGACCAACUUCACUAAAGCCGACAGGAAAACCGUCAAGGAGACUCUGUCAGAGACUUUAAAGGUCAAUGUCAACUGUGUCGCUGUUCGUCCGUUUUUCUCCACAGUUCAGGUCAAAUGAGCUGUAAAAACUUCAGUAACAGUACGUUCAGUUCUCCUCGCUCAAGUCAUUUCUAAGUUAGCUGAAAGUUGGCUUGUACAAUAUCAUGUAUAACAGUGUGUGUGUGUGUGUGUGUGUGUGUGUUAGAUUUGUGAGUUUGAUGAGUUGGUGUUUUCAAUUCAUCUCAGCUAUCUCAGUGUGUGCGAUGAGUGUUGAUAAUGAUGAGCACAGCAGAGGAUGUUUGUAAAGAAUGUAAAGAAUAUUGUCUGCAGACCAACUGUAAAAUAUAAAUGCUGUAUUUACUGUGUGAAUGUAUAAUAUUGAGUUCAUUGUGAACAUGUUGCUGGUAAACAUGGUGCUUUUAACUACUUAUCAGGCCAGGUGUGUGUGUGAUGGCAUUUUUUAAUGAAAUGAGGACGAGGUCAGUUUUUUGUAAGGGAAAUUCUGAUAGUGUAUACUGUAUUUUUUUAUAUCAGAUCAGUGUUAUAUAUUUUGUUAUUUUCAUUCUCACAUGUGCAAUAACGGUAGAGGUCAAGCUUUCAUUUUAAAGUCGUCUAUGUUUGUUUCAGGUCAUUGGAUGUAUAGAAUGUGUAACGUGUUAAAUGUAAGUUAUGUGUAUGAAUAAAGUGAUUUAUUGAAAGUAAAAAAAA